AUGCCGCGCUACCUCACGCUCGACGAGGAGGACGAGGACUGCCCGGAAUACAGCGUUGCUAUAAGCAGAAGUAAUACGGCGACCAGCUCAAGCAGCCAUGCGACGACGAGCAGCAUCAGCGACACCCACUGGACCUCCCCAACAUCGCCCCGCGCCUCCCCUGCCCUGCGUUCGGACUCAUCCCACUCCCAAGUCCGCCGACUGCCCAAUCCCACCCCAAAAGCACUCGCUGGCGCAAGGGUACACACCCCUGCACUUGAGACGCUGCCGCUGCGCUUGAGACGGGAGCGAUACAUCUAUUCAUACUCCCUCGAAGCUGCAGGGGCACCGCUAUGCCUCUCCAUAUCCGUCGAAUCAUCCAGCGGGAAAGCACGGCCGGGGGACUACGACUUUCGUCUCUCGCUCCAGGUCCACGGUGUCGAACGGCAGCUGGCGGAGCUUGUCACCAUGCGGCUAACAGUGGACCCGCGGACGUUGGACUUUGCAGUCUUUCUGUUUCCGGGAAAACGCAACAUUCUGCCGAUAGGCUGCCUCUUCUCUCUGCGCGUCUGGCUCCGCGUCAACGGCAUAGACCACCGAAUCUUCGGGGACGACGAACUCUGGCUCGGCGCUGAACCCACGAUUGACUUCGCGACAAUUGAAGACGCCUCCUUUGCGCGCCUCCACACGGCAGCCCCCGAGUGCCAGAUCUACGACGCCAUCGUGGGCCGGGCACGCGUGCAGUUCGUCGUUCGCUGGGAGCACGUGCGCGGCCGGCUGUUCAAGUACACAUUGGCGUACGAGGCGGGCGGCAUUGGGAAAUCCCUGAUCGACAGCCUGCCCCUCCGCGUCGACGGCGACCCCAAGGCGACCUCCUUCCUCAUCUACACCGUCCCGGUCCGGUCCGUGCCGACCGGGGCGUCGCAUAGGCUGCGCGUAUGGCUGCGGACUACAGCUCCGGACCGGCCUGCCGCGCCAUUCGUUUAUCAGCGCGUGUGGAAGACGGACGGGUUCAAGGUCGGGGGGCGGCUUGACUUCGAUGCGCUUGGCCCGCGGCUGAUAAUGGGCACGCAUGCACGCACGACUGUGGUGGAAGAUAGCGAUGAGUGGAGUGACUGCGCGGCAGUUGAUAGCGCGGCGGAGCGGAAUCGGUCCAGCGAACAGGUGGCGGAGCUGGCUUGA